GCAUUGCUUUAGUUCUCUAAUUUAGAAAGCGUCAUUUAAAAUCAAGGUAGAGUUUAGUUUAUAUAUUUAUUAAAUAGACAUUCGAUUAAUGUACUACAGAAUCAGACAACUGACAUUGUCGGAAGAGACGGAAGAUGGCGAUAUUGUUGUGAAUGCAACGGGAGACUCCAUCGAAGGGUUCACCUGGCCCGAAGUGUCGGAGGGGUUAUACGAUAAUGUAUGCAAAGCCAUAUCGCAUAUUCUGGUAGUUGGCAUCACGGUGAUCAUCUCCCAGAAGUGUCUGCUGCUGAAACUGGCGAGGACAGCGGAGCAUGCUUUCUACGCCACGGUGGCCCUGGUCUUUUGCAUGAGUGAAGCGCUCCUCCUGUCGCACCACAUGUUGCACAUGGCCUUUGGCCUAAUGACCUUUAGCCUGGGAGCGAUGGGCGUUGGCAUUGAGAUAAGGCAUAAGCAGCUGCAAUCUGCAAAUCAUUUUCGCAGUAAGCAUAGCAUUUUUGGUUCGAUUGGAUGCUUUUUCAUCUUGGCCAGCAUCUGCACUGGUUUUUGGAUGCUGCUGGAAGAUCUGGGCAAGAGGCAUGCCAUCGUGUUGCAACUCGUGCAUCGUAUUUGCAGCCUCACAAGCUAUGUGGCAUUAAUGACCUCACAGCUGUUCGGCUACAACAAGGGAUUCGUUCGUCGCAACUGGUCAGAAUUGUACAUUCGUAUCUUAAAGUGUUUCACCUUUAUCGCAACCAUCAGUGUGUGCAUCCCUGAGCUCAAGAACUUUGCACGCGAUCUUCUGGAACCGAUCGACGAGGAGGUGGACGACAUAAUACACAAAGAGAUUCCAUUGAUGCGAUAACAGACCUCCUUUUAUCAUAUGACCAAAGAUAAAAAGAAACAUAAAAAGAAAGUAAAAAAGAAAGUUGAAGCUUUCAGCCUUAGUUAUGUACAUUAAGAUUAAAAACAAUAAAGUCGAACUACAAUAACA